GCCAACUCAUUCCUUCAUUUUUCCAGCUCCCUUCCAUCUCUCUCUCUCUCUCUCUCUCUCUCUCUCUCUCUCUUUCUACAGACCUAUAAAUAUAGAAAACAAAGAGAGAUAGACACCAGGGCUCUGGAUCUUGGACUUUGGAAUUCGAGAUUAAGAAGAAGAGGAAAAGGAAAAGCUUUGAUUCAUUCAUGGCGUAUAGGCCGGAUGAUGACUACGAUUAUCUCUUCAAGGUGGUGCUCAUCGGCGACUCCGGCGUCGGGAAAUCUAACCUUCUUUCCAGAUUUACUCGCAAUGAGUUCAGCCUUGAGUCUAAGUCCACCAUCGGCGUUGAGUUCGCCACCAGGAGCAUCCAUGUAGAUGAUAAGGUCGUUAAGGCUCAGAUCUGGGAUACUGCCGGCCAGGAAAGAUACCGGGCUAUAACAAGUGCAUAUUAUCGAGGAGCUGUCGGCGCACUGCUUGUCUAUGAUGUCACUCGUCAUGUUACAUUCGAGAAUGUGGAGAGAUGGUUGAAGGAGCUGAGGGAUCACACAGAUGCCAACAUUGUGAUCAUGCUUGUUGGAAACAAAGCUGACUUGCGGCACUUAAGAGCUGUAUCCACCGAAGACGCCAAGGCCUUUGCUGAAAGGGAGAACACCUUCUUCAUGGAGACAUCUGCCCUGGAAUCAAUGAAUGUUGAGAAUGCCUUCACUGAAGUGCUCACCCAGAUAUACCAUGUUGUCAGCAGGAAGGCGCUCGAGAUCGGUGAUGAUCCUGCAGCCUUGCCUAAGGGCCAGACAAUAAAUGUUGGCAACAAAGACGAUGUAUCUGCAGUGAAAAAGGUUGGUUGCUGCUCAGUGUAAUUCAACAUGCAAGCCGCAAGAUCUUACAAUCUCCGGGAAAAAGGCAGCAAUUGCUUCAUGAUGGACAGUCCUUCCUGCAACGGCAACUACUGAAAUGUUUCUGAUUCCAAAAUGUAUGCCAUAGGUUGAGGAAAGAUGAAGAUUAUUUGUUGUCUUGUUUAUUAUACAUUUUAUCAUGUCUUCUUGAUUGUAUUCUGUUGCUUCUAGUUUUAUUAGAGCACUAGUUUGUGGCA